UCUGAAUGACAGCAGUCUAAUCAAACCAACAAUUUCUUGACGGGAGCGAUGAAACGGCUCGUCGACAUGUCUUCGAUUAAAUUAAAUUUAGCGUUGUUUUCGAUAUUAUUAAGCAUAUUAGUGAGUGUAAAUACGCAGACUGUGCACAGACGAUUCGAAUACAAGUAUUCUUUCAAGCCGCCUUACUUAGCACAAAAAGAUGGGUCGGUCCCUUUCUGGGAGUAUGGAGGAAACGCCAUUGCCUCCGGCGAGAGCGUGCGCCUGGCGCCUUCGCUGAGGAGUCAGAAGGGCGCGAUAUGGACCAAGCAGCCCAUAAACUUCGACUGGUGGGAGGUGGACAUAAUGUUCAAGGUCACGGGCCGGGGCAGAAUAGGCGCUGACGGCCUGGCGUUCUGGUACACGAGCCAGCGCGGCGACUACACCGGCGAGGUGUUCGGCUCGUCGGACCGCUGGAACGGGCUGGGCGUGAUCUUCGACUCCUUCGACAACGACAACAAGCAUAACAACCCCUACAUCAUGGCGGUCGUCAAUGAUGGCACUAAGGCUUUCGAUCAUAAGAGCGACGGAUCUCAACAACUGCUCUCGGGCUGCCUCCGCGACUUCCGGAACAAGCCGUUCCCGACCCGGGCCAGGAUCGAGUACUACCUCAACACGCUGACGGUCUACUUCCACGCUGGCAUGACGACCAACGAGGCGGACUACGAGCUGUGCUUCCGCGCCGAGAACGUGGUCCUUCCGCGCGGAGGAUACUUCGGGCUGUCGGCGGCCACGGGCGGCCUCGCCGACGACCACGACGUGGUACACCUGUUGACCACGUCGCUGCACACGGCGCAGCAGCAAGGCAGCCAGCCCAUCAGCUCGGACGAGCAGCAGAAGCUGUCGCAGGAGUACCAGGAGUACCAGAAGAAGCUGGACCAGCAGAAGGAGGACUACAGGAAGGAGCAUCCCGACGAGGUGCGAGACAAAGAAGGCGAAUUCGAUGACUGGUUCGAGUCUGACGGACAAAGGGAACUCCGCCAGAUCUUCCAGGGGCAGUCCAACAUGCACGACACUCUCAGAGACAUCAACAAGAAGAUUGACGAGGUGCUGGGCAAGCAGCUGAGCUCGCUGUCGAUGCUGACGGCCGUGUACUCGCACAGCCAGGGGCAGGCCGCGCCGCCGCCGGGGCAGCUGCCCGCGCAGAUGCCGUCUCUGCCUAUCGCCCGCCACGACUGGGACGCGCUAGUUGCCAACAAUCAGCUCAUGAUCAACACUAUAGCGGAGCUCAAAGGCUUCGUUAUCGACGUGGCGCGGAAGUCUGAUACUUUGUUAGCGGCGGGCGGCGCGCAGGGGGGAGGCGGCUCCGCCAUCAACCCGCAGUUCCUGGCUGAGAUGCGGGACUCCAUCAACCAGGUGAAGACCACGGUGGCGGGGGUCGCCCAGCGCAUCACGAGCGCCCCGGGCGCGGCGCACGCGCAGCUGUCCUGCCCGCCGGCCGCGUGCGCGUCGCUGGCGGCGCUGCUGCUGGUGGCGGGCGCACAGCUCGCCGUGCUGCUCUCCUACCACAUAUACAGAGAAAGGAAAGAAGCACAAGCCAAGAAGUUCUUCUAAGUUAGAAGUGAGAACCGCGCUGCCCACGAGCUCCUUAUGUAACGUCACAAUAAUCUAUAUAUAUAAAUUAUUAUUUAAUUACUUUCAAUCGAGGCUAAUAAUUAUGUAUUUUUUAUAUAAAAUUUACUUGUCUAUAGUUAAGCGUCGGUGCUCUGCUCAUGAGGUUAAGGUAUUCGACGCGAAGGCUUAUUUUAAAUUCCAAGGUAUCCAAGUUCGAAUCCCACUGCGCUAGAAUACUUCUGACUUAGUUGAGAGAUUCAGGUUAUGAAGAUUUUUUUUCCCUCUCAUGAUGUUUUCUCGAAUGCGUAAUCUGCUUGGCUAAGCUUCAAAAUAGCAUGUAAGUCAAACGUUACAUGCCGUGAAGAGACAAGUUAGUUGACUCACGUAUUUAAGUCUCCUUUUACGAUAUUGAAAAAGAAGCCGUAUUAAUUUUGGUACAAAAAUGUACCUAACAUCUGCAUCUUGUCAAAAAUGUAGAUACCGUUUCAUGUAAAUAAAUUAUUUUGAAUUGUGAACAAUAAAAACUAAUAAAACUAUAAACAGAUAAUUUUAAUAUGCCAAAAUUUAUAAUUGUUUGUUUUUUGUAAAAACUAAUAAUUAUGUCGAUAAGUGCGCGUUUACCUGUUGAUAAUUUUCUAAGGCUUUAGUAUUGAAUUUUAUUGUAAAUAUAUUUUUUUACAAACGAAACGAAAUGUGGGCGGCGCAUAACCAAAUUCUUACCAUCAUUAUAUGUAAGGAGUUAAUUUAAAUUCUGUACAUAAUAUAUUUAUAUAUUAAAAUAUGUUUUCCUUAGGAAUGGCCCUUGAAAUAGAAAAUAAAGGUAACUAUAACACCUAGAAUAAUAUGUCACUCCUAAAAUAUCCAUUUAAUUCUUUAUUUCUUCCUAAAUUAUUUUUUUCGAAUGUUUACAUAAGUGUGGUUUGCCAAAAUAACUCCUCCUUUUUAAAAACGUUUACAAUACUGUAGAUUAUUUCUUUGCCAUUUCUAAAGGGAAUUAGUAGUGUUUUAUUUUGUCUCGACUUUUUUACUAGCUCUACGUCUUGAUUAAAAUCUUUUAAAGAAUAAAAUGAGUAACUGAUUAUAUACUUUUGUUAUUUUGUCAAACAAGUUUUAUAUUGUCGCUGUCUGCGAAUGACUUUAUUUUUUGUAAAAACUCGGUUGUAAUAUUGUAAUUAAAUUACUGAAAUCUAUUCUUUCUUCUGCAUUUAUAUGAUAAGUUUCUUUUUUAAUAAAUGGAUUUAAAAUGA